AUGGAAGAGACUUCCUCUUCUGAGAUGUAUACCAGGCCCAGGCUUGAUGCAUCGAUCAGGCCCUACCAUGUUUUUAUCAAUCAUCGAGGGCCGGAUGUGAAGGAUACCUUUGCCAGCACCAUUGAUUUUUCGCUCCGUGACAAAGGUUUGAAUGUAUUUUUUGAUAAAACUGAGUUCCAAUCCGGACAAAGAUUGCUGCCUACAAUAACUGAAGCAAUUCGUAGUUCUUCUGUAUACAUUGCUAUUUUCUCCCCAAGAUAUGCCGAAUCGCCUUGGUGCUUGGAAGAACUCCGCCUGAUGAUUGAAUGUGAUCGUAAAAUUAUUCCCGUCUUUUACCAUGUUCGUCCUCAAGAUCUUAAGAGGCAGCAAAGUGGUAAGGGAGUUUAUGCAAAGGAUUUGAAGGAAUUAGAAAAUAAAGCAGAUGCUAACGAAAUCACAUACGAUCGUCGCACAGUUCUCCAGUGGAGAGAAGCCCUUACACAGGCAUGCAAUAUUUCAGGGCUGGAGCUUGAUUCAAAGAGUUUCAACGGGAACCAGGGAAAGCUUGUGGAAACUAUUGUAGUUAAUGCUAUGGAAUAUGUUCGGAUGGAGCGCCUGAACAUUACUGAUAAGGGUUUAGUGGGGCUGGACGACGCAAUCGAGGAUUUCAAGUUCUUCCUGUCGAAUUGUAGCAACCAGAGUGAUCAAUCUGCUUUUCAGGUUGUGGGAAUUGUUGGAACAGCGGGAUCCGGGAAAACAACUUUGGCGGAAGAGUUCUAUUAUCGUCGGCGGGUUUUAUUUGACAGAUCCAGUUUGCUCUUUGGCGUAAGAAAAGCUUGUGAACGAAAUGGCUUACAAAGUCUUCAGAAGCAGCUCUUGAAGGACCUCACAAAUGACCGUUCAGUGGAAAUCAACAAUGUAAGUGAAGGCAGAGAUAUUCUUGCAGAUCGUAUACAUCGGUUAUGUCAUGAGAGAUCACUGAGAUUUCUCAUUGUAAUCGAUGACGUUGAUCAUCGAGAGCAGUUAGAUGCUCUUCUGUUAAAGGAUUGUGCUUUGGGCUCAGGAAGCUGCGUUAUAGUCACAUCGCGGGAUAAGGCCAUCCUCAGUCUUUCAAGAAUUUCCUUACAGUACGAAAUGAAACCCCUCAGUAGGGAUGAUGCUAGAACGCUCUUCACUACGCAUGUCUUCCACAAAUCUGAAAUAAUGUCUGGUUUUGAGGGUUUGGUCGAAAGUGCUUUGAAUAAGUGUGGUGGCUUACCAUUAUUUAUCAAGGUCAUGGGUGAGCACCUCCAUUUAUAUGGGAACAACAAUAGGGAAUACUGGGAAAAUCAACUGGAAAUGAUCUCCCAGAUACCUGACAUUGUUCAUGCCUGCUACGGUACUCUUGGAGAAGAAGAGAAGCAGAUAUUUCUAGACAUUGCCUGUUUAUUCGUUGGAAAAGACAGGAAUUCUGCCAUACGCAUAUGGGCUGGAUCAGGAUGGAGAUUUGUGCGUGCCCUCCAAAAGCUGGAGUACCUGUCGCUUGUUGAAACGGAUGCCAAGAAUCGGCUAAAGAUGCAUCACUAUCUUUGUAAUUUGGGACAACAUAUUGCAGAUCAGCAGCUUUACAACACUCCCCAUCUUUCCAAUCGCCUCUGGCGUCCAAAUGAUGCUGCAAACUAUUUUGGAAAUCUACUGCCCUUGCCGGAGCGCACAAAAUGUAGGGUAGCCACAAGCACGAGUUACCAUGGGCGCAACGGAAGGGAAAGAUUAAAAUUGGAAAUCCUUGAUGUAAAUGGUGAUCUUCCUAAUGCUAAAACGAGUGAGAAAUUAAAGGAUUUGAUAUGGUUUCGAUGGAAAAACUGCCCCAAACAAAGCCUUCCUCUGGUUGAGAUGAAGAACUUACGAGUGCUAGAACUCGUCAAAGGAAAUCUCAAAAUGCUGUGGGAUCCUAAUCCUACUUUUCAGCUUCCGGCGCAGCUGAGGGAGUUGAAUAUUAAAAAGUGCACCCGUUUCGCAACAAUGACUCCAAGGAUAGAAUCACUCAAGCUUUUGGAGAAGAUGACAUUGGAUGGCAGUCUUGGUCUGAAAAGUUUGCCAAAUGAGGUUUGCAAACUGAAAAGUUUGAGAUACUUGGAACUAAAGGGUUGUAAAGGUCUGACAUCCUUGCCAAGUCUUUUUGGGGAAUUGACAAAUCUGCAGCACUUAGACCUUUCUGGUUGCCAACAGUUAUCUUCGCUGCCUCCAUCCUUUAGUCAGCUGAUACAAAUGAAAACACUUGACGUGCGAAACUGUAGGAACCUGAUAAUUCAAGAGAAUAUAUUUGGCGAAAUUAGGACGAUUGAGGAGCUCAACUUCGAAAACUGCAAGAAGUUGCACAAGUUGCCAUAUCAAACAACAUUGCAAAGGUUAUUGAAGAGGCUCAAUCUGCUUGGUACCAACAUUGAUGAACUCCCGGAGAAUUUUCACCAUUUGAUAGGGUUGCAGCAAUUGCAAAUUGGGAGUCCCUUGUUGACAAACAUACCUCCUCCUCUUAAGUAUAUGCACAACUUGAUGGAGCUUCAGUUGAUUAAUUGCCCACAGCUUAUCUCUUAUCCUGAAUCAAUCGGACGCUUGCGUCUGCGUUUUUCUGAUACUUCUCCAAUGGAAACAACAGGUGCCAUGAUAUAUGUACCGUGA